AUGACAGCCCCUCACCUCGACCCAGACGAGGUUAUCCUCGUGCCUAAAACAUUCCUGCACCCCCAACUUGAAGAAAAUGUUGUGAACAGAUACAAAAAGCUCAGGCUUCAUGGCCUCCGAGUCGAUCCUCAGUCAUUCUCCUCGACAUAUGAGGAUGAAUCCCAGUUCCCUGACAGCACAUGGCUAUCACGGAUCUACAACCCAGUGGGCAAGACCUUUGCCGCUGUGACAAACCCAGACAACCAGCCAGAAGCCUCGACAGAUAAUAUCCCUUUUCAUGCCCUGGGCACCAAUGAUGCGCUCCAAAGUCUACUGCGAAAAGAAUGGGUAGGCAUCGUGACACUGCUAGGGCCAGGGGUAUUCUCUAGGCCAAACGAGAGCGUUGCGACAGAGUUGAGCCAGCCAUACGAAGUCUUCAUUAGGGACAGGAAAUAUCAAACCCCCCUGACGACAUCUGAGCUGGGUGAUCUAAGCGGUGCAAACCUGGUUUACCUGGUUGUGGGUAUGUUUGUUUCACCUUCAGCCCGGCGACGAGGACACGGUCAGCGUUUAAUGGACGCGGUUCUUGCAGCUGCUACCGAGGAAGCCUGCAUGCUUGGAGCGCGCAAAGUCAGCAUUACCGUACAGGUCGAGUCUGGUAAUCUCGGUGCAAAGCGACUAUACGAGAGAGUGGGGUUCAAGGUGGUCGACGAAGGAGUGGUAAUUGAGAACCGUCUUGGAGCAAAGUCGACUGUAGUGUGCUUGGAGAUGGAAGUUGAUAUUGCUAGUCGUGAGCCAAGUCCUUCUUAA